AAUUAUUAUUCGUAUCAUCUAUAUUAAGUCUAAUGUUUUGGGAUUAUUAUUUCAUAUAUUUUAUAUUUCUUUCUACAAAUACUCAAAUAAUUGGUUUUGGAUUUAAACUCGCUAAUCUACUACCACGACUUUAUAGAGAUCAGAGGAGAAAGAGAGGACGGAUUCACCGGAAGUUACCAGGAAGAUAUACGGAAUUGACAAUCCACAAUGAUUUACAAUCAUUGAGAUCUUUCUUAAAUGAAACUACGGCUCAUUUAUUUAUAUUCACAACUUGACUGCUGAUCAAGUAAAAAAGGAUUUCAGAUCAAUUUAAGUGAUAAUCAUUACAUUUAUUUAAUGUAUUUCUUAUCUUCCAGGACCUGACCUGCUCUACGGUAACCGGAGCGGAGCUGUUACCCGGGCUGGGAGCAUAGCGCUACACACCGCGUUUUAUUCCUCCUGUACAGUAUUAGAAGUGUACUUUUUUUGUCAAGUGUAGCUAUAUCGAUGUGUAUCAACUAUCCGGACGAACACCUCGACCGCCAAACCACAACAAAUGGUAUGGAGUUUAAUGGAUUAUUUCCUGUUAUUAUCUCUGUCCCAUUAGCGCUAUAUCACUAGGUCUACUGUGCACACACGUAACACAACACCCGUCAUACAACACCAACAGGACAACACCGAACCUCUGUACAGAUCGGUAUGUGAAGCCUGCGUGUGUUUCAUAUUGCUUAGCUUUGACUGUGAAAUCCACGUCACAUGGGCGGUGCAGUGGAGCAGGGUCCGACUCCUCAGGUUCAGUCAUUGAAACAUUCAUUCACUCGUUCACUCAUUCAUUGACUUCAUCAAACCAGGCAGCGGAGCUGACAGCUCAUAACCCACAAGUUAUAAUUAUAGUCGGGGAUCAUACGGAUGCAUCCGAGGCAGGGAACUGUAGGCCCUUAUCCUACCAGCACCCCACAUCUAAACCAAACAGUCCAGUCUAUAAACCAGUCCGGCUGGUCAAUGUGGGUUAUGUUGAACUGAGACAAAGUGAGUUAAUCAGCUGUUAAUCCGCACCACCACGUUCUGUCCCCGUCGCCCCAGCUUGUGUCCCGUAGCUAGAUUCGGUAUUUGCGCAUAAAAGCGCACGAUGCUGCUGAAAGCUGCUCAGCAGAAAGCUGUGCGCAGCGGGGGGCCCAUGGAGCAGUACAUGGUACAUGGAGGCAGCGUCCACCACUGGCCCGUUGUACUCCCGCAGAGAAUCCGGCUGUACACGUACGAGCAGAUCCCCCAGUUCCUGAAGGAGAACCCCUUCAUCACGGACGGUUACCGGGCACACCUCCCCUCCAAACUAUGCCUCAAGAGUAUCUUCAUGCUGUCCAACGAGACGGUGAAUAUCUGGACCCACCUUCUGGGCUUCCUGCUGUUUUUCACCCUGGGGGUCAACGACCUCGCCUACGUCCUGCCCUCGGCUGACGCCAGCCACGAGGACUACCUCAUCUACGCUGCCGGACUCUUCUGCUUCCAGGUGUGCAUGCUGUGCUCUGUGGGCUACCAUCUGUUCUCCUGUCACCGUAACGAGAGGACGUGCCGGCGCUGGCUGGCGCUGGACUACGCUGGGAUCUCUGUGGGGAUCCUGGGCUGCUACGUCCCGGGGAUAUACUACGCCUUCUUCUGCAAUACUUUCUGGCGGCAGCUCUACCUGAUGAUGAUCCUCUCCCUGAUCCUGGCCGUGUUCUGCGCCCAGGUGCAUCCCCGUUACCUUAGCAACGACUGGCGUCGCCUACGCACGGCCAUCUUCUGUGCGGUGGCGGGCGGAAGCAUCGUGCCCGCCUUCCACUGGGUGUGGCUAAACGGAGGGCUUCGCACUGACGCCGUGGAGCUGUUCCUGCCUCGUAUCAUGGUGAUGUACCUGAUCGCUGGAGCUGCGUUCCUCUUCUACGUCACCAAGGUCCCUGAGAGAUACUUCCCAGGCCAGAUGAACUACGUGGGGGCCAGCCAUCAGGUGUGGCAUGUCCUGGUGGUCCUCAUGUUCUACUGGUGGCACCAGACGGCCGUCUACAUCAUGCGUUUCAGACACAGCCAGCCGUGCCCGGGCCGUGGACACUCCACCCACUAGUCCGCCGCCAAGGGACUUUAACACAGGAGGCGGCUGGCAGCGGUGAGCUAGCAUACAGGAAGUGGCCCAACAACAUCCAAAACUUUAUAGCGGGGGGCAGCAGAUUGGCUGCUAAUGGUUUGCAGCGGUAACAACUCCCACCGCAGGUUCCUGUGUUGAGUUUUGGUGAAGGUGAGGGCUACUAAGGGUUAACGGCUAACUGCCUUUUAAGUGUUUCGGAGAACAGUGGGGGCCGUCCACCCAGUGGUGGGUUUCUGAACUGCUGGUAGCGCUUGGUAGACAUUGGCUCUUAAGGGCUCCUCAGUUUACCACGGGGCGUGUGAGGCCUUUGGUAUGUCGCUACCUUAUAGUGACAUCCCAAGAGCGUGUGUCAUAGUGGGUGCAGUCCACAGGAUUGGCUGGUCUGGCAUCUUUCCAUGGGAACCGCCAACUUGUUAUGUCACGAUAGCGUGGGUUUGUAAAGGUCCCGUGGCGUGGUAAAAUAAGGGCCCUUUAGACAUUAACAUGAUUCUUUAUUCUGGGACCCUUGAGCCCAUACUAUAACUAUAAGAGGUUCUACUAGCAUGGUUGUGAGGAGUGUAGUACAUGUAUAUAGGGUAUAUAUCCACAUCAUAACCUCUAUUACCUGACCAACAACUCAAGGACAGUUAUCUAAUCCCGAGAGAGGGGUCUGCUUGAAUAUUUAUGGUUAUGAAGGCCCCUGUUAACCAAAACAACUCACCACCCUUUUUCUAGUUUUUAGAGAAGCAGCCACAGUUGUAUUCUAUUGAUCAUUCGAUCAGAGCAAUCAAACAAUGAAAUGAUUAUCUAGGCAUGAAUUAUUGAAGUCCCUGUGUGUGAUUUUGAGUAUACUGAAUGCUUACACUGUGUGAACAAUGUUUUGUUUUGGAUUUGUUUUGGGUCAAAACGACGUCACAAAACUAGAAUGUUUUUAAGACUCUCAGUGAACUGCCCAUUCCAGAUGUUAAAUACGCCUUAUUUUUUCUUUUACACAUAUCUGUUUUAAUUUUUCACCAUGUUUGGUGUUGAUUAGCCGUUUCAAAAUCCCCUUUAAUGAUAUCACAUACGAGCGUCCCCCCCCAGUUGGUACGGUCCACUGUGUAGGUACAGUCCACUGUGAUGGUAUGGUCAACUGUGUUGGUACAGUCCACUGUAUCGGCUCUCCACUGUACAGCUUGGGGUGGGCUCCCAUUUGUGAUGUCACCAUGUGUGCGAUUUCUAAUUGGCGCUUAUUGGCUCAUCAACAUGAAGCCUGGUGGUGAAACAGGAUCCCUUUACCCGGUCACAGGUCAGCGAUCACGAGCCAAGGAGGAACAAAGUGUUGAACAAGCUAAACUUUUACUCUGAGUUAGACUGGGAUCGAGAUCCCGGUGUUUUAUUGCCGUUACUUGAAAUGUUGUGUUUUAUUUCUGUCUGUGUCGUACAGGCAUCCUGCUGGAGUAAUGUUACGGGGGUGGGGAGGGUGUGUUGUGUUCUCUGUUCAGGGGGGGGAUUUUAUGGUUGGGUUCAUGUGACUCCAGAUCUUUUCUGUUUUAAUGGUGCAAUGUUAUUUCUACAUGCAUUACUAUUAUUGUAAAAUGUGCAUUUGUUUAUUCCUGUAUCAGGUUUGCCUUGUCCACAUUAUGUUUCAGCCGUUUAGAGUGAAUUAAUGAGUGGCUUUUUGAAUCUGUCUUGCACAUGCUGGUGUUGAAUAAUGAAAUGUGGGCUUAAUGGUUUCAGCCAUUUUCCCAAAGAGCCAUUGAGAACAAGUGAAUGCUUUCCUUACUGUGAGACGCUGAGGUCCGGAGGCCUGUGACCAUGCCCGUUUGUAUUAUUUAAAUGAGCGAUGUGAAUGGGCCCAGCAGGUUAUCGGAGAAUGUGGUUAUCUUCUGGUGCCAAGAAGCAACGGUUUAUUAAGUGUUACCUUUUAAUGAUUGUUUAUUUUAAACAUUGCCUUGAGAUGCUGUGUGUGUGUGUGUGUGUGUGUGUGUGUGUGUGUGUGUGUGUGUGUGUGUGUGUGUGUGUGUGUGUGUGUGUGUGUGUGUGUGUGUGUGUGUGUGUGUGUGUGUGUGUGUGUGUGUGUGUGUGUCCUUGCUUUGAGCACACACAACCAGUGUUUGAUUUUCCACAUGAUUAUCACGUGUUAUAUUUGUUUUGUUUAGUUGCGCUGUAAACUAUAUUUUAAUAUUUGGAUUGAUUGAAUAAAAAAAUGAAAAUCUGUAAAGCAACUUUUGUUUGUAAAGUUGCAGGGUA